AUGACCUCCUGGGCAGAGCGCGCUCGUAUCUACCGCGCUGGUGACUUUGCCGCGACGCUUGUCGUGCUCGCUGUCGCGAUGGCCAUCUCAUCGUUUGGCCUCUUUCGGCGCGAUAUCCCGGUCAUUACGCUACCACUCAACGCCACGUCCAGCCUCUUUCUUCGUGAUCCGAGUUUGAACCACAAGAUGCGCAAGGAACAAGUGUCGCCGAUCGUGUGCAUGGUCCUGGCGUACGCACUGCCUCUGCUCGUACACGCCGUCGUGCAGUGGAGGCACCGUAUCGCCAACGACACGCGUGACUUUGUCCUCUCGCUGCUCCUCUCGGCGACCCUCGCGCAACUCUUCACCAACAUCAUCAAGAGCCUUGCCGGUCGCUUCCGCCCGAGCUUCUACGACAUGUGCGACUGGAACACAGAAGUGCUUUGGGACGGCGUCGCCAACCUUUGCCGCAACGCUGCGGGUGAAGCGCAGGGACGCAAGUCGUUUCCGUCGGGGCAUUCGUCGACGGCCUUCUCAGGGCUCUGCUUCCUUUCGUUGUACCUUGUCGGGCGCGCGCGUGUCGCGGCGUGUACGCACGGCACUCGGUCGAUGCUCUCGGCCGCCAAGCUCUUUGGCGCGUGCCUUCCGCUUCUGCUCGCGACGUGGGUUGCGCUCACUCGGUCGCAAGACAACUGGCACCACUACUCGGACAUUGCGGUGGGCGCGCUCAUCGGCAUUGCGUCGGCUUUUGUCGCGCACGCCUUCAACUACGUUGCGGUGUGCAGCCCGCACAACGCGGGACUCCCGCUUGAGACCUGCGUGGCCGACCCGGCCGGGACGCUCGAGGAGCCGCUGCACAAGGAGAACGAUGCGUCCGAGUGCUAA